UUACAUUUUGAUAUCAAACCACACAAUAUCCUUUUGGAUGAGAACUUUAAUCCAAAAAUUUCAGAUUUUGGCCUUGCAAAACUGUAUUCAGCAGAUGAUAGUGUUGUAUCACUCACUGCUGUGAGAGGUACAUUAGGAUACAUUGCUCCUGAAUUAUUCUAUAAGAAUAUUGGAGGAGUCUCAUAUAAGGCGGAUGUUUACAGCUUUGGAAUGUUGUUAAUGGAAAUGGUAGGAAGGAGGAGGAAUUAUAAACCACUCCCUGACCAAUCAAGUCAAAUAUGCUUCCCAACAUGGAUUUAUGAUCAGUUUCAACAGGGAGAGGAUAUAGGGGUGGGAGAUGUUACUGAUGUUGAAAAGGAUGUUGUGAGGAAGAUGGUCAUAGUUGCCUUGUGGUGCAUACAGAUGAACCCUGCCAUUUGUCCUUCGAUGAGCAGAGUACUAGAGAUGUUUGAAAGUGAAGUUGAGCGCCUUGAAAUGCCUCCCAAGCCUUGUUUAUUUCCUUGUGAAUUGCCAACUGCAGAUCGGGCCAGUCUAAGUCCAGCAGCUCAGCUAACCAUAUCACUUGAUGCUAGAACUUAAUGGUCUUCUCCAAAUAAAUUGCUAGGUAACUGCUUACUCAUUAAUUAUUGCA